AUGCCCCCCGGCCGUCCCCGUCUGGACUUGGAGCCCUACAGAGAGGGGAUAAUCGAGGCGUUCAACCGGCGCGAGACCGUCGAGAGCAUGAUCAAGGGCCUCGCCGCCAAAGGCAUCGAAGUAAACAGCAAGACCUUCCAGCGCAGAAUGAGGGAAUGGGGACUCUAUCGCUACGCAAAGACGCCUAGGAAACAAAGUAGCACGGGUCGGGCAAGCACCAUCGGCAGCACCCCAAGGAGCGUGACGGCAUCCGUCACUCAACCAGUCGUGCAGCCUAUUAUGCAACAGGAGGAGAUUCCAGACUCCUUGUAA